AUGUCUGACGAAAAGCAGCCCGCUGGCGGCUACGACCCCACCCCCCUACACCCCUCGACGUCCCCCACCUACACCCUCCGCAUCACUUUCCACCGAGCCACCAAUCUGCCCAUCGCCGACUUUGGUUCAGGGUCCUCCGAUCCCUAUAUCCUUGCACAGGCCACCACCUCUCAACGCAAACGCCAUCCUCAAGACCCCCAGUUGCGAUUCAGGACAAACACUGUCAGAAAAUCGCUCGAGCCUGUUUGGGAUGCCCCGUGGGUGCUUGCCGGCGUGCCCGAGGACGGACUCAAUCUCAGUGUACGGGUGUACGAUGAAGACCCUGAAGACCAUGACGAUCGCCUGGGAAAGUUUGAGUUCCAUACCGGUCCUUUGACUGAGAAAUGGGAAGGUGUCAGGGAGAGGAGUUUCAAAGUGAAGAAGACGGGUGCGGAUGUACGCGCUUAUGCUCUGCGGUGGGCGUGCGUCUUGCUCCGAGAUCAAGAGCUUCAUGCCGAUGUGAUCAUGAGCGUGGAGAUGCUGGGAAAGACCAAGCAGGAAAUGGGCAAGACGUACACAAUCAACGGCUUUUGGUGGAAGCAUUACAGUCCGGUCAUUGGCCGACUGACUGGUAUCAAAGCCAAGGAUCACGAGGGAGUGGAAAGAUACAAUUUCCAAGCGAAUGAGAUUCAACUUGUCGGACCUGUGCCCAACGAACUUUACAUGCGCUAUGUCGAAUUCAAGCCUUUCGUCAAGGGCAUGUUUACGGCCAGCGGUCUUCGUGGCAAGGUCCUCAACAAGGCGCUUCAUCACCAGCACGAGCGUCUUUACAACUUUGACCGACAGACCGAGUAUGGUGUCUUUCCCGACACGGAAGAGGGCAAGAACCCAGGAGACGAUGUGACAAAGAAGUUCUUGGAUCUUGUUCACCACGACCAAGGCGCUCGAAUCUUCACCUAUGUCAUCACCCUCGACUCCCUCUUCCGAUUCACAGAGACUGGCAAAGAGUUUGGGAUCGACCUACUUUCCAAGCACACCAUGCACGCCGAUGUGGAUAUCUAUAUCGCCUGGUCGGGCGAGUUCUUUGUUCGCCGCGUGUCCGACCCUUCCAAACCGGCCUUCAGCCCCGAACAGCACACCCACCCAACAGAAGACCUCCCCAAUGGCCCGCCCAACGCGGACCCCCCUGCCGACCCUGCCAACUAUGAGCUCAUCAUCGAUAACGACUCUGGCACAUACCGCCCCAACAAAGAUCUCAUCCCCGUCUUUGAAAAGUUCCUCAAGCGCGUCUUGCCGGGCAUCAAGGUUGUCGUCAUGGCUUGUGACGACGACAAGCUGCAAGAGAUGAAGAGCGAGCAGAGGAAGACCAAGCUCAAGGAGGGCGAGCAUAUCGUGUAUGGCCAGACGAGCUCGUCGAACUUGGCGGAUGGAGAUGGGGGCAGUAUCAGUUCAAGUGAUGAGGAUGAUUUGGACGCGAGGGCGAGGCAGAUGGAGGAGGAGGAUACGUCAGGGGGCGCUGCUACGGGCCAUUUGGACACCGUGGUUGGUGCUUUGGAAAGCCCCAAAGAGGCGGUGAAGAAGCUGGUCCCGGACAAGAAGGAGAAGUAG